CGGAGCCGCUCAACUAUCCCUUUCUUUAUCAGUAUAUAUUAGUCAUACGUUGAUGCAAGUUUGUUUUCUCCCAUCUUGCAUAGGAUUUCCAAGAAGAAGGGAACAAACAAAAAGGCUGAAAGUACCUGAAGGGAUAUGCAGUAUACCAUGUCACCACGUGAACCAGAGACUCUUGCAAAGCUGCUCUUGCCAAAGGAUAGAGCAUUGCAAGCCAGCCAACUAACCAAGCACAUCAACAAAUAAUAGAGGACCAAGUGAUUGAUCAACGCAACAGACAUCAAGUCUCUGAUAUGGACAGCACAAGUUUUGUGAAGGAGUUUAUAAGCCUUUGGGUGCGUGAUCCUCAGGCUCACAAGGAGGAGUUUUGGCACACAUACAUCGACUAUGAGAUCUGUCUUCAUACCAAUAGCAUGUGUUUCCAGAAGAAGACCUCUUGUGUUAGGAGGAGAUACAGUGAAUUUGUGUGGCUGCGCCAGAGACUGCAGUACAAUGCUCAGCUCAUAGAGUUGCCUAAACUUCCUCCCGGGAACCCAUUCUUCAAUUUCACUAGUGAGUUCCAGGUCAAUCAACGGAUGCAGGGGCUUCAGCAGUUUCUCCAGGAAGUUCUAGAGACGCCCUUACUGUUAUCAGACAGUCGGCUGCACCUGUUUUUGCAGUCACAGCUGAGCAUUGCUAAAAUGGAUGCGUGCGCACAGGGUCAGACGCAUUACACAGUCGCGCAGGCGAUACACCGAUGUCCCUGCGACGCACGUUUCCCCAUAGAAGAGCAAUGUCAUGAAGAAGACAGCAAAACAUUCUGGGACUCUGAAUGUGAUAGUACAACAUCGUCAGGUUUUGGCCAUAGUUUAGGACCUUCCACACCUGUCGAUGAGAGCCUUGCACAUGAAUUUCAAACAACUAUCUCUGAGGCAGAACUCUUUUGCAGCCUGUCUACAUCACCCAGCAACCAGCAGCAUGUUCACUCUUGACAUGCACCCCGUGUAAAACCUGUAUACACUCUGACAAAGAGCCCCAAAUGCUGCUGACAGCCUCCAAAGUUGUAUUUGGAUGUAUGCUCAUGUAAGAUAGUCUUGGUUUUCAACUGUUUUAUAUUAUUUUCAUCAGCUUCCUGUUUAUUCAGUACCUUUUUUUAAAUUUCACUGGUCGUCACAUUAAAUAUUCAUCGAUGACUAAAGAAAUUAUCAAUGGUUCAGGUGUGAAAUGGGAUGGUUUACAGCAUCAUUCUUAAUGUGCUUCUUCACGGAGUCUGUAGUAUAGAUGAGGUUUUAUACACGCCUGAUAAAGAAGCAUUUUACAGUGUCAGCAUUUUUCUGUGUAGAUAUGCUUUUGCUUAAUAAGUUUUAAAAAACUAUGAGUAAGAUGGCAAUGCAUUAGUACUUUGUUUCUUAAAAUCAUAUUUUCUAUCAUACAUUUUUAUUAGUAGUGCUAAAACUUUUCAAGUCUGUAAAUGUGUGAGGAUAAGAAUGUAUUUUUAAAAAAUAAUAUUUUAUUGUAUAUGUAAUGAUGAAUGAAUAAAUGCUUUAUUUUUUGAAACACUUGGCUGUUUAGGAGUAGAAAACAGAAAUACCUUUGUGAAUUCAAAAGCAUUCUGCACAUCCUAAAACAAUAAAUUAAACGGAUAGUUCACUUAAAAAAAAAUUGUCAUUUGCUCACCCUCAGAUUGCU